UGCUUCAAGACAUACAUAGCAACAUGAAACAAUAUAUGCCGGUUUACAGCAUAUAUUCUCGUUCUUAUUCAUCGUCUUCUUCAAUACUACUUCGGUUCAUCUUCUUUCUCUUAUCUUUUUGCUUACCCGCUAUAGCUAACACCAAGUUUGAUCCCAAACCAUCGAGAAACAGGACUUUUCCUGCGUUGUUUGUCUUCGGAGAUUCCAUUAUAGACACCGGAAAUAACAACGACAUCAUGACGGUAGUCAAGUGUAAUUUUCGUCCCUACGGUAUAAAUUUUCCGAAUGGAGUUCCUACCGGAAGAUUUUCCAACGGAAAAGUUCCCUCCGACAUCUUAGCGGAAUUAUUGGGAAUAAAAGGAACCGUACCAGCAUAUUUGGAUCCGAAAUUAAAACCGGAAGAUCUGCUAACCGGUGUGGUCUUUGGGUCUGGCGGUUCAGGAUUUGAUCCUUUGACUCCUGUUUUAUUGUCGGUGAUAUCAAUGACGAACCAAUUGAAUUAUUUCCAAGAGUACAAGGAGAGGUUGAAGGGAAUGUUGGGUGAAGAAAGAGCGAACGCUCGAAUAGCAGAGAGCUUAUUCUUUGUCGUUGCCGGAAGCGACGAUAUAGCGAACACUUACUAUGGAUUCCAAGCACGGCGCUUCCAAUACAACCUCGGCGAUUAUACCUCUUUCUUGGCCGACUCUGCCACCAGUUUCGCUUUGCAGUUGCAUCAUUAUGGAGCAAGAUACAUAGCCAUUUCAAGUUUGCCACCAAUCGGAUGUCUGCCUUCGGUAAGAACCCUAAGAGGAAGAUUCGGUAGAGAUUGUUCAAAGCUCCUUAACUUGGCAGCUCAGCUUUUAAACUCCAAACUCUCCACAAAGAUGCAUGCUUUGUCUGAAACCCUACCAGACACCAAAUUGUUGUACAUCGACGUCUAUACUCCUAUGAUCGAGAUGAUAAAAUCCCCCAAAAAAUACGAUUUCGAGGUGGCCGACAAGGGAUGUUGCGGAACGGGAAUGAUCGAAACAGGUCCAUUUUGCAGCCACCCUACCUCGUACGUAUGUAAGAAUGCGUCUGCUUAUUUGUUUUGGGACAGUUAUCAUCCCACGGAAAGAGCUUAUAGGAUUUUAACCAAAGAUAUUGUUGACAAAUAUUUCUCCCGUUUCUAUGAUUAGCACUUAACUACUUACGGUGUAAGUAAUUGUGUUGCUUUUUAUUAUUAAAAAAAUUAGUUA